CAAUUAAAAAUCGAUCCAGUUAUUCAUGAGCUAUAACUUGAAAUAUAUAAGAAAAUAAAUAAGAAAAAUAAGGGCCGAAUAUACCGAAAAAUCUCAAAAAUUCAUUCCCGUGCCCACAGCGAACCGUUUACUCUCAGACGGAAAUUUUUCUAGGUUGUUGUUUUCCUUCGAAAUAUAUUUGGAAAAAUCAUAUGCGGUUGAAAUCUGAAGCGGCCCAAUGGAAAGCUUUACUCAUCAGUACUCAUUUAUUUCGUCUUUAUUCUAACCUCUAACCCAAUGGUAUACAUAUAAAAUGAUGAUAUAUGUAAUUUUAAAGAAUAAAGAGUAUUGAGAAUCAUACAAUGGUGUUAAGAAUACGGAAAUUUCACACACAAUCCAAAGAUUAUUCACACAUUUGCCUAUCCUAAUUAUUUUUACCAAUUAACAAAAGUCUUUCCUUGUCACACAAAUUCAUUUUUUGCUCUUUGUAAUAAAGUUAUUGCAGAAUAAAGCUACGCUCGUUUCUAUAAAUGGCAAUAUCGCGGUAGAGAUUUGUUCACAGGGUAUAAAAAAGGUCAACUUAAUUUUGUGAAUUUGAUUAAUAGUUCAACGAUGUAUCUACCAAGUAAAGUACUUUGGUGUUUCGUGCUUCUGUUUGUUACUUCAUUCUCAGAGUUUCAGGAAAAUUCUACCAAUGGCGAUAAGCAAAACGACGAUCUUUUCAUAAGCUCUAUAAAAUAUCGAGACAAUGAGAUCAAGCCAACACGGUGUGUUUCACAUUUUAUCAAAAAUGAUGACGAAAUGGAAUAUGAGUUCUAUAUUAAUUCUACAAAGAACGAGAGUAAGGAUGAUACUUUGAAACAAUAUGAGGCACGCGGACGAAUCAUAAAAAAUUGCGAAGAAAAUACUCAGAUUUCUAUGGAGUCUGCCGCGAAUUCUACAGACAUCAAUGAUUCCAUAAAAAAAAUUGAGAAUUUCUCCAGCAUCGAAAGAGAUUUUGAAUCAAAUAAAUACGAAUUAGAUGAAAACGAAUCGGAUGAAGACGAAUCGGAUGAAGACGAAUCGGAUGCAGACGAAUCGGAUGAAGACGAAUCGGAUGAAUACGAAUCGGAUGAAUACGAAUCGGAUGAAAACGAAUCGAAUGAAUACGAAUCGGAUGAAUACGAAUCGGAUGAAUACGAAUCGGAUGAAUACGAAUCGGAUGAAUACGAAUCGGAUGAAUAUGAAUCGGAUGAAGACGAAUCGGAUGAAGACGAAUCGGAUGAAGACGAAUCGGAUGAAGACGAAUCGGAUGAAGACGAAUCGGAUGAAGACGAAUCGGAUGAACACGAAUCGGAUGAACACGAAUCGGAUAAACACGAAUCGGAUGAACACGAAUCGGAUAAACAUGAAUCGGAUGAACACGAAUCGGAUAAACACGAAUCAGAUAAACACGAAUCGGAUGAACACAAAUCGGAUGAAUACAAAUCGGAUAAAUAUUUUAACUCUACAAAUUUGGUUAUCAUUAAAACUAAAUCGACUAAAGAGUGUCUCAAUCAUACUUGCGUUCAGCUCUGUUGUCCUUUAUAUAAUUUCAUGAAAGAAACAGGCAAAUGCGUUAUUGAUAAACGUGGUAAUUACUUUCUUCCAAAAAUGUACACAUACAACGACGGUCCCGAUGUUCCAUCAUUUUCCGUGACUGUUCACGACCCAUGCCAUUCACAAAAUUUAGGAAAAACUUUACUUCCUAACAAUACAUACAAUUUUCUCAUUAAUGGCUCUUUAUACCAAAUCUCUGACGAAUUUAUUUUACCGACAUCUUACUGCUUAGCCAGUUUAAAUCGAAAGAUUUAUGAAGUUAUGAUCUGCAAUAAUCAGAGAAUGUAUCCGAUAUAUGUAUCCGCGUGUCUCCUAGUAUCUUUGCCGUUCCUGCUGGUGACUUUCGUGGUAUAUUCCAUAUUCCCAGAGCUCCAAGAUAUGCAUAGCUAUAUAUUGCGUGCACACAUAGCCUCAUUAUUCAUCGCAUAUGUAAUUAUGUAUUAUGAUCGACAAGAUUCCGAAUUACAACGAGUUGAUGAUAAAAUAUGUUGCAUUACAUUAGCCUAUAUUUUGAAUUUCUUCCUUUUAUCGACUUUUUUCUGGCUAAAUGUAACAUGCUUCGAUCUUUGGUGGAAAUUCAGAGGACUCUGUUCUUAUCAAACAAAUAUAAGGCAAGAAAAAAAGAAGUUUAUAAUGUAUUCCAUUUAUGCGUGGGGUAUUCCCUUGAUUAUUAAUAUUAUCUGUGCCAUUAUGGAUUAUGUUGAUGGGAUACCAAAAAAUUGGAAACCUCAAAUAUGUACAAAGAAAUUUUGGUUUGGGGAGAAUUUGGCAAAAACGAUAUAUUUUUACAUACCUAUGAGUGCUACUAUUAUUAGUAAUAUUUGUUUCUUCAUCGCUACAAUAGUAUCAAUUAUGUACCCGCAUAUACGUACAGCCAGACAGCUGAGACACUCGGAGAGCAAGUGCCAUAAUGAAAAUAAGCGGAGGUUUAAAAUGUACUUGAAGCUGUUUAUAGUGAUGGGAAUAAGUUGGAUUAUGGAAAUACUAGCAUGGUCAAUCGAUUCUGUGCCGUCAUAUAUUUGGUAUUCCACUAAUAUGUUGAAUAACUUACAAGGUCUCAUCAUUUUUAUCAUAUUCGUAUGUACAAAGAAGAUAAAACAACAGUUGUUAAAACGAUACGGCGGACAGAAUUGCGGUCCAUUUUGUAAAAUUCGAAUGUACAAUGAUAAUGCGUUGUCAAAUAUUACUACCACAUCAAGAUUGCGAACGGAACCUAAUAUGCAAGCAAUGGAUUCCACUAAUCAACGCCCUACUCUUAUAGCGUCUUCAUCUUACUCAUAGCACUGAAACGUAAAGAAAAAAUUUAAUUAUGAACGAAUUAAUUAUAUUAUCUUGUACCUGGGUCUCUUUACAGAAACUACAAUGAUACAUAAUAUUUUAUUAGAAUGUUUUGUAUAAUGGAAUUUAUAUGUAAUUACUAAAAAUUGUCAACUAAACAUCUUCUUAAUUUAAAGAAAACAUUUUAUUUCAUCAACAAAAUAUAUUACUUGUUAGCUUCAAAUAAAUAUUUGGUUUGAAAUAAGAAUUUGGAUCGAAAUGGAAUCGGAACGGAUAACCAUUCCAAAACCCUUUUUUUAAUCGAAUCAAAAUUGUAAACCGUUUCAAAAUUCUAUAUACUUUAUAA